AAACUUUCAUUAAAGAAGAUACUGUGAUUGUGAAAUCCUAUUAGUCUUCUGAAAGUUAAAUUGAAGUGUGGUUUAAUUACCAUUUAAACUGCUGGGCAGAUUAGUUAGCUACCUUUCCCCACUUCAGUGGUGUGCUUUCAUUCUUGGUGCUCUCAGUGUACUUGCUGGAAAACCAGAGUUGUCACUGUGACAGUUGAUGCUGUUUUCUACAAGCUGCUUCUGGUUUACCGUUUCCCACACAUCUUGCUCUUCUGAGACGUCUUCCUGAAGCAGCGCUGAAGGGGAGAUGAUGGUUUCUGACUGCAGUGUCACUGAUCGGCAUUGAUCUGGCAGUGUGGGGCAGGUGCCCUGUAGCAGGUCCCUCAGAUGCAGCCAGCGCUGUGUAGGCUGGCUGGGGAGUUGGGUUCCCAGCUGGAUUCAAAAUGCUUCAAAAGAUGUAUGGGGAACAAGGGAGAAGAGUUUUCAGAAGUGGAUCUGCGAGAGAUCUACAUCUCUCUGUGAAGGUGCACUUCCUAUUUUAAGAUCUCUAUGGAGCAGAGUGCUUGCAGUAUACACCAGUGCUUUGGAGCUGGCUCGCAGCUCUGGGUGGGCGAGCAGGGAGGAGGGAGAGCCGGGCUCUGAGGGUGGCCAGCCCAGCCUUCAGAGUGAGGAGGGGAGACCCGCUCCCAGCUCAGAUGGUGUCAGCUCUCCUACCUCGCAGCAGGGAUACUCAGCUGUACGGGCAGGCCUGGCCGUGGCUAUCAGCAGUUCUCUGGGCUUGAGUGGGAGCAACAUGCUGACAGAUUGGAUGAUCUGAGGAUGAGCUGCUUUGCUGCUGGAGUGGCUUGGUUAACAUGAUUUGGGAGCAGAGGGGGAGGCACUGUGGGGUUUUUUGCUUAAACUGAGAAGGAUAGACUGGAUCGUUGCAUUCCUUAUAUAUUUUUUUUCCCUCUUUCACAGCUCCAGUAAUACAUACAGGCAUUUCAGAAUUGGUCAGCUCUCCGGAUGAGAGCUGCAUCUUUUAUAAGAGAGAGGAAAUCGCUUAGGUUUGCUGGUCCUCUGAUACAUUUCAGAAUGCCGCUGGUAAAAAGAAACAUAGACCCCAGGCAUCUGUGCCACACAGCUCUGCCCCGCGGAAUCAAGAAUGAGUUAGAAUGUGUCACCAAUAUCUCCUUGGCAAAUAUAAUCAGACAACUGAGUAGCUUAAGUAAAUAUGCUGAAGAUAUAUUUGGGGAACUUUUCAAUGAAGCGCACAGUUUCUCAUUUAGAGUCAACUCCUUACAGGAACGUGUAGAUCGCUUAUCUGUCAGUGUUACACAACUUGAUCCAAAGGAAGAGGAACUAUCAUUGCAGGACAUUACCAUGAGGAAAGCUUUCCGCAGUUCCACAACUCAAGAUCAACAGCUGUUUGACCGCAAAACUCUGCCUAUUCCUUUGCAAGAAACUUAUGACAUUUGUGAACAGCCUCCUCCUCUUAACAUCCUCACCCCUUACAGGGAUGAUGGAAAAGAAGGUCUGAAGUUUUAUACCAAUCCUUCAUACUUCUUUGACCUGUGGAAGGAAAAGAUGUUACAGGACACUGAGGACAAAAGAAAAGAAAAGAGGAAGCAGAAGCAGAAAAAUCUAGAUCGCCCUCAUGAACCAGAAAAAGUGCCAAGGGCACCUCAUGACAGACGGAGGGAGUGGCAGAAGCUAGCCCAAGGUCCAGAGCUUGCAGAAGAUGAUGCUAACCUCUUACAUAAGCACAUUGAAGUUGCUAAUGGCCCAGCCUCACAUUUUGAAUCCAGAUCUCAAGCAUAUGUGGACCAUAUGGAUGGAUCAUAUUCUCUUUCUGCGUUACCCUAUAGCCAGAUGUCUGAACUUCUGAACAGAGCUGAGGAGCGAGUGUUGGUUCGACCACAUGAACCACCACCACCACCUCCAAUGCACGGUGCAGGAGAUGCAAAACCUGUGCCUCCUUGUGUUAGUUCUACUACUGGAUUGGUAGAAAACCGUCCUCAAUCACCAGCGACAGGCAGACCACCAGUGUUCGUGAGCCCCACUCCUCCUCCCCCCCCACCACCACCUCUUCCAUCUGCUUUGUCCACCUCAUCACUACGAGCUGCGAUGACUUCCACACCACCUCCCCCAGUCCCACCUCCUCCCCCACCUCCCGCUGCUGCUCUUCAGGCCCCAGCCGUGCCACCUCCGCCAGCUCCUCUCCAGAUAGCUCCUGGGGUCCUACAUCCAGCUCCACCUCCAAUUGCCCCUCCCCUGGCACAGCCCUCCCCACCUGUCACUAGAGCUGCACAAGUGUGUGAAGCGGUACCAGUCCACCCAGUUCCUCCUCAAGGUGAAGUACAGGGACUUCCCCCACCACCCCCACCUCCUCCCUUGCCGCCUCCUGGCAUUCGGCCCUCUUCUCCUGUCACAGUUGCAGCCCUUUCUCACCCCACUCCUGUUCUUCACCCUCCUCCCACGACCAUUGUUCCUGGCCCUCAUGCUCCUCUCAUGCCUCCAUCUCCACCGUCCCAAGUGAUUCCUGCUCCUGAACCCAAACGCCACCCUUCAACUCUUCCUGUAAUCAGUGAUGCUAGAAGUGUGCUGCUGGAAGCAAUACGAAAAGGUAUUCAGCUGCGUAAAGUUGAAGAGCAACGCGAACAAGAAGCUAAACAUGAGCGCAUUGAGAAUGAUGUUGCUACCAUACUUUCUCGUCGCAUUGCUGUGGAGUACAGCGAUUCAGAAGAUGACUCAGAAUUUGAUGAAGUGGAUUGGUUAGAGUAAAAUUAAUACCUUGCUGUACGCUACAAAAUCGAAUGCUAAUGUCCAUUGUGGUGCUUGUUCUUUGAAAGUUUGAUGGUCAUUUCUAGUGUUUUUUGUAUUCUUUUCUUUACAUGAUUAAUCCAUGUUUUUCUACUUUUCAGUUUACAAACAAUUCCUAGUGCAUCUUUUGAAACUAAAUGUUUUACAGUGGCUUUUCUUACACAUCUCUUUCUUUGGAAGAACAUACUUUGUUCCAAUAGACCACUAAGUAUUAAGCAUGGGCAGCUGUUGGUAGAGUAGCAGUUUCAAUUUUUUGGCAUAUCUUAACUGUGCACUUUGUGAAUUUUAAGUUAAUGAAGGCAACUGAGAUUGACAUUCCGAGGGCAGCUGUAUGUACUAAUGAGCCUUAUUCCACUUCUGUAAUGUUUUAAAAACAUUAAACCUAGCUAUUGAGAUAUCACUGCCUCAGUUACAUCUGUACAAUAGGAGUACAUACAGUUAGCAGCACUGAACACACUGAAAGGAAAAUUGAUCUUUUGGGGUUUUAUUAUUGUUUUUAUUGUUGUUUUAAAAUAAUUAUGGCCUUAUUUGAAUGUUUAGAGAUUCCCUUUCCCUUCUUCCCUCCCAGGUACAUAUUGUGUGGUACUAUUUUUGCCUGCAUAAUACAAGUUUAAUUUUUUUCCUUGUGAAAUCUUCUGACUUAAACAUGCUGUGUAACUUAUGUAACUGUUAAAAUAACAGUUUGAUUUAAUAAAUGGUUCAUUUUAAAUGUU